CAGGUUGGCCACCAGCGCCGCUGAGUGAGCAACGGCCAUUUUGGGAAAACGAGGUAGGAUCUCCGCGAAUGCGAACGCACAUUCGUGUUUAGAUUGUUCUCGAUCGCCCAACUUCCAUGCAAUGCCUCUCAAGAAGCGAGAGGAAAAAGAGCGUCGCGAGGCCCGCCUGACAAAUGCAAUCAAUAGCCGGUCCUCACAGGCUCGGUGAGUUGGCUCGUUUUGUCUAGUUUGAUUCCAUCAGGGGCAAUGACGGAGUGGACGUUCGCCCGAGUAACUCACAUGGCAUCAUGGCAUCAAGGGAGGGCAACUCUCCGAGCCCAAAGGGCCAGGUAGAGACAUGCCUGCUUCAAAAGUAUAAAACUCUCACGCCGCGCUCCCGCUGACAACUGUACCAAAUUCCGAUCAUCAUCUUCUCAUAAGAGUCUCAGCACUCUCACCCCUUAACAAACCAAUCGCACUUUAUCAGUCCAUCCAAUGGCGCCCGCCACUCUCUCCCUUGCCGGCAAGACCGCCAUCGUGACCGGGUCUGGCCGCGAGAACGGCAUCGGUGCUGCCAUCGCCAUGGCACUCGCCAGGAACGGCGCCCGCGUGGCCAUCAACUAUGUCUCGGACGGCUCUGCGCCUCGAGCAGCCAAGGUGGCAGCCAACGUUGAAGCCGUCGGCGCUCAAGUCAUUGUCGUCCAGGCCGACGUCUCAACCCCUGAGGGCGCAGCCAAGCUCGUCAAGGACACCCUAUCCGGGUUCGAGACGGACAAAAUUGACAUUUUGAUCAACAAUGCUGGCGCCGGAACCGGCCAGGGCAAGUUGCUGAUCGACCUGACGCCCGAGGAGGUGCAGAAGGCGUUUGCCCUGAACACCUUUAGCACCCUGUAUGUCGCCCAGGCCGCGGCGCCGUACAUCCCUUCGGGGGGGCGCAUCGUCAACAUCGGGACGGUCGUCUCGCGAAUCAACAACAUGCCCGGCGUCGGGGUGUAUGGUGCGAGCAAGGCCGCCCAGGAGUACUUGACUGCUGCGCUGGCUGCCGAGCUCGGUCCUCGUCAAGGGGUUACUGUCAACACCGUUGCCCCUGGUCCCACCAAGACAGAUGCGGCAACUUGGUUCCCUGAAGGCGAGCUCAGGGAUGAAGUCAACCAAAAGCUGUCCGUUGGGGCUAGGCUGGGUAGAGUCGCCGGAGAUCCAGAGGAGGUAGCGGAUGCAGUCUUGUUGGUGGUUUCAGAUGCCGCAAGGUGGAUUACGGGGCAGUAUAUUGCCGCCAGUGGUGGUAUCACGGCCUGAUUUCAUGUUCAGCUUAUAAUUCAAAUUUGCUGUGAGUGGAUUCGGGGGUUGUGAGAGGAUAAUACUGCGAGUAGGUACUUGUAUCCAGACAGUAAUUAGGUACCUAAUUAUCAUGCAAAUUCCCAUUCG